AUGCCAGCCUUGGUGGUGAUUAUUGGCCCCUCUCCAGGUCCCAGCCGAGACGAAAGUGAAAUGCUUCGUCAUUUGGGAAGUCGAAUGUGGACCUUCCCUGAGGUCCUCCUGAGCCCAUCGAGCCAACCGAUCUCCAUAUACAAGCGUGAUUGUCCCCUAGAUUCCUUCCGGGUUCUGUCGAAGCGGAACUUCACAUUUGAAGCCUGGGGAGACGCCACUGUCUCAAGACAACUUAUUGAUCAUUAUGAAGGUUCGAUUAUACUCAGUCCUCUCGAGCUGGUCUCCAUCGCCUUGCAAUGCUUUCCGAAUCGUGACACCACGAUGUACUAUCAAGGAGACCUUUCAUACGCCCUGAUGGGCUUGUUACGACGUCGUCCAAAUGUUAACCCGAAUGACUCGGCCUUUGAAGCCUUUUGUCGAUUGUCUUUGGCCAACGACAGCGAUCGGCUGCUCGAGAGGCUCCUUGUUGUCGGCAUCGGUGGCGAAGACACUGUGAUUAUGAGUGGUGCUUUUGGUGCUCCGAUUCGUUGGACAUCCUUUAAGCCGGUCAACAUGUUGAUGCGUAACAUGGCAAAACGUUCGGUAGCCAGAGUCGUUCUUCGCAGUACUCCUGCUUGGAUCGUUACAGGCGUGAUAGCGCUAGCAGUCAGCCAGUCCAGAAAAGGAGCCUACCUUGCAGCCACUCUGAUCGGGUGGAUAUUGACAGUUCUGUACAUUUUGGUCAUCUUGGCGUCUCCGUACCUCAUAUCCUCUCUUUAUGUUGGUAAGACAUGGGCGGCACAGCCAUGGCUGUUCGGGUUUGAGGGCUACAUGGAGAUUGGUGAGAUCGAGAAGCUGGUCUUCGGUAUCAAUCUUGGCCGCUUGAAGUGGAGUCCCUAUUCCAGCGACCUCUCGCUGCAUGUAUCCCAGAACGGUGAGUGCGUGGGAAAAGAUCCCACUUGUAGAGAAUCCACCGCACAGUUUGUGCCCGCUGCCCAGAACUCGCGGUAUGGAGAGCUCAAGCUCUUCACCUUGAUUGAUACCAAUACCUUGACCGUCACCUUAUUCCGGGCUCGCCGCCCGCCGGUGGCAAUGCUACUUUGCGGCAGCGAGGGUGGCAUGCAGCGAGCGCUGCUUUGUUCUUACGAUUGGAAGUCCCAGACCCUCUAUCGCGAGAAUGUCCUGCGGGUGGACACGCUCGUCUUGGACAAGAUGUCACGGGUGGAUAGAUUCCGGCUUGGUCUGAAAAGGCCUAUGGUGGAGACGGUAAGGAUCGCUUGCUGA